UCUCGACUGACUAUUUUUUUUUUCUUUUGGUAAGUUUUCUUCAUAAAUCAUGAGGACUUAUCUUUUCUGUUAUAUUAUUUUUGGAGGUUCGAAUUUAGAUCGCAUCUUAGAUUUUUUUUUUUUGAGAGGAUAGAUCUUAUCUUAGAUAAUUAUCUAGUUAAUAAGCGAAUAAAGCAUCUACUUUAUCAAAUAUUAUUCAGUUUGUAGUAAUAAUUAAAUUUAUAAUCCAACUUAAAUACGUACACUCCUAGCUAUCCAUCUCCAAAACCAAAAAAGAAAAGAAACACUCUUAUUAUAGUUAUUCAACAAGGUAAACAAACAGAAAUUGAUACGGAUUAGGAUUGUUAUCUAGAAACUCUAUCCUUUUAGAUAACGGGAAACUUAACUAUAUAUAUUGAACUCGAUCCUGAAAACAUAGAUUGAGAACACUACUUUUUUACAACAGUAAAAAUUCAAGGGAGAUCAGAGUAAAAAAAAAAGAUCUAGGAGAAGUUGAAACAAAAACUGAAGGAUGGCGGGUGGAGUAAUAUUCGACGGCGCAAAAGAGGGUAAAGAUUAUCCAGGAAAGCUUACUGCUUAUGUGUUUCUAAGCUGCCUUCUCGCCGCUGCUGGAGGUUUGAUCUUUGGCUAUGACAUCGGAAUUUCAGGUGGUGUUACGUCGAUGCCAAUGUUUCUGGAGAAAUUCUUCCCAUCAGUGUACAGGCAACAGAUGGAGAAUUCAGGGACUAAUCAAUACUGCAAAUUCAACAGUACAAAAUUAACGAUGUUCACAUCCUCCCUAUACUUGGCUGCACUAAUAGCUUCUGUUGUGGCAUCCACUGUCACUAGAAAAUUGGGGCGUAAAAUGUCCAUGUUUUUUGGAGGUCUUCUCUUCUGUGUUGGUGCAAUUAUUAAUGCUGCUGCUCAAAACGUUGCCAUGCUUAUCAUUGGCCGUAUUCUACUUGGUUUCGGUAUUGGAUUCGCUAAUCAGUCAGUACCAGUUUUUCUAUCAGAGAUGGCACCUUACAAGCAUCGAGGAGCUCUAAACAUGAUGUUUCAACUUACAAUCACCAUAGGAAUUCUCAUAGCAAAUCUCCUUAACUACAGAUUUGCCAAGAUUGAGCAUUAUGGAUGGCGAUUGAGUCUCGGUGGCGCCGUGGUUCCGGCUCUUAUCAUCCUUGUAGGAGCUCUAAUCCUCCCUGAAACCCCCAACUCUCUAAUCGAACGAGGCAAACUUGAAGAGGCUAAGAAAAUGUUGCGCAAAAUCAGAGGUGUUGACAAUGUUGAGACCGAACUACAAGACCUAAUUGCUGCUAGUGAGGCUUCUAAGAAGGUUAAACACCCUUGGAGAAGCCUUCUAAAGAAGCAAUAUAGGCCUCCCCUUAUAUUCUCUAUUGCUAUCCCCAUGUUUCAGCAACUUACUGGGAUUAAUGUCAUCAUGUUUUAUGCACCUGUUUUGUUUAAAACAAUUGGAUUUGGGAGCAACGCCUCGCUUAUGUCGGCUGUUAUUACUGGUGGUGUUAAUGUCAUUGCUACUUUGGUCUCCAUAUAUGGUGUUGAUAAAUGGGGAAGGAGGUCUCUUUUCCUUGAGGGUGGUGUUCAAAUGCUCAUUUUCCAGAUCCUAGUGACAAUAUUCAUCGGAUGGAAAUUUGGGGUGACCGGAAAUGCAACAGACUUGCCACAAUGGUACGCCCUACUAGUUGUGGCCUUCAUAUGCAUCUAUGUAGCUGGAUUUGCGUGGUCAUGGGGGCCUUUAGGGUGGCUUGUGCCUAGCGAAAUCUUCCCGCUUGAAGUUCGAUCAGCAGCUCAAAGUAUCAAUGUAUCAGUGAACAUGAUCUUUACGUUUGCAAUAGCCCAAGCUUUCCUUCCUAUGCUAUGUGCCAUGAAGUUUGGCCUCUUCAUCUUCUUUGCCUUCUUUGUUGUGGUGAUGACUAUAUUUAUUUACAUAUUAUUGCCAGAAACCAAGAAUGUGCCUAUUGAAGAGAUGGUGAUUGUUUGGAAGAACCAUAAAUUCUGGAGUAAUUUCAUUCCUGAGGAUGUUAUUCCACCUGAGCUUAAGGUUGAAAUGGUUGAGGGUGGAAAUGUUUCCAAUGAUAAAUCUUUAAGUUAGUUUUUUUUUUUUUAGGGGAUCAUCUUUAAGUAUAGAUACUAUAUGUAUAGUUUUAUUUCAUUUUUAUUGUGUUUGUUCGUGCACUUUUCUAAAAGUAAAUAGUUGUUAAUUAUCAUUUUAA